CCAGGCGAGGUUUCUUAUAACAUCUCUGGACUACCUUGGGUCAGUGGUGUGGUUCCUCUCGUACCGAUAACAAACUUAAUUAAACAAAAUGGCCGAUAAGGAGAAGAAGAUCAAGAAGAAGAAGGCAAAAGAAGAGUCUGGAGAUGCCCCAGCCGCUGAAGCCGCACCAGCUCCAGCUGCAGCCCCCGCCGCCAGCGAACGCCAAUCAUCCAGGGGAUCCCGCAAAGCCGUCAAGCGCAGCGGAUCUAACGUUUUCUCCAUGUUCUCACAAAAGCAGGUAGCUGAAUUCAAAGAAGCCUUCCAGCUAAUUGACCACGACAAAGAUGGUAUCAUUGGAAAGAACGAUCUUCGUGCCACUUUCGACGAAUUGGGCCGUUUGGUACAAGAGAAAGAACUCGACGACAUGAUCGGUGAGGCCUCAGGACCAAUCAACUUCACCCAAUUGUUGACCUUGUUCGCCAACCGCAUGUCUGGAUCAGGUGGUACUGAUGAUGAUGAUGUUGUCAUCAACGCCUUCAAGACCUUCGACAAUGACGGCAAAAUCGACAGUGACAGGUUACGUCAUGCCCUCAUGACCUGGGGAGAUAAAUUCACUGCCCAAGAAGUUGAUGACGCCUACGACCAAAUGGUCAUUGACGAUAAAGGCUUCAUUGAUACCCAGAAGCUCAUCCAAAUGUUGACUGCCGCUGCCGAAGAAGACGAAGAAGGUGGUGAAUCAUAAGAAAUUGUAAAUAACUUCAUCACAUUAUAACAUCUUAAAACACCUGGUUCACCACAUUUGUGGGGAAUCAUGAUAUAAAAAUUGCAAAACAUACCACUCAUUUAUUGCCAAAACUAUUAAAUUGAAAAGUAA